CUUUGCCGAACCUUAAAAUGGGCAACACCAGCAGCGAACGUGCUGGAGUGGAGCGCCAGGGAGGGCACAAGACUCCUCGGAGGGACAGCUCUGGAAAGGAAGGGGACAGGCCCAAGAUCUUGAUGGACAGCCCUGAAGAUGCUGACUUGUUCCAUGGGGAAGAAAUCAAGGCUCCCCUGGAGAAAGAAGAGUUUUUGGCUUGGCAGCAUGAUGUGGAAGUGAAUGAUAAAGCGCCCACUCAAGCCCGGCCGACUGUCUUCCGCUGGACUGGAGGAGGCAAAGAGGUUUAUUUAUCGGGCUCGUUUAACAACUGGAGCAAACUUCCACUUACACGGAGCCACAAUAAUUUUGUAGCCAUCCUAGACCUCCCAGAAGGUGAACACCAAUACAAGUUCUAUGUGGAUGGUCAGUGGACACAUGAUCCUUCAGAGCCUGUAGUAACCAGCCAGCUGGGGACACUCAACAAUGUCAUUCAGGUGAAGAAAACAGAUUUUGAAGUAUUUGAUGCUUUAAUGGUGGACUCCCAAAAGUGCUCUGACAUGUCUGAGCUGUCGAGUUCACCCCCCGGGCCCUAUCACCAGGAACCCUAUAUCUCUAAGCCAGAGGAGCGCUUCAAGUCUCCCCCUAUUCUUCCUCCACAUCUGCUGCAGGUUAUCCUAAACAAAGACACAGGCAUAUCGUGUGAUCCAGCUCUACUGCCGGAGCCUAACCACGUCAUGUUGAAUCACCUGUAUGCACUGUCCAUCAAGGAUGGGGUGAUGGUGCUCAGUGCCACCCACCGUUACAAGAAGAAAUACGUGACCACUUUGCUAUAUAAGCCCAUAUGAAUCAGUACCUGCAUUGCCUUGCCUAUGGAGUAGCAGAGGGAACAA